UCUCCGAGCUCAGGAGCUCUGCAGAGCCUGGGCUCGCAUCUGUGCAGCCAGGGAUGCCACUGCCUGGCACUGGCUUGCUCGCUGAGAGUGGGAAGCCUGUGCCUGUGUGAGACCCUUGCAGCCUACAGGAGGGCUGGUUCCUGUCUAGGCUCAGGUCACAACCUCCCUGACAAAGUGGGGUCAGGAUCCAGCAGCUCUGAGGAGGGGCAGAGAGGUUCUGGGCUGAGAAACAACAGGAUGUGUUCAUAAUGCCUGGCUUCUUGGUCUGGGAGAUGAUGGGCUGAGCAUCCGUUGCAGAGGGAUCUCAGGGCCAUGAGCUUCCAGUACAGUCCUGACUCCGAUAUUGCAGAUUGGCUGGCCACCAUCCACUUGGAGAGGUACCAGGAUGUUUUUAAGCAGCAUGGGUACCAUGUGGCCAGGGAUGCCACCUUGCUGGGUGGUGAGGACCUACAGCAGAUUGGCAUUACUGCCACUGGACACCGCAAAAGGAUCCUGAACUUGGUGCAGCAGACACGGCUUCUUGGGCAGCCCCUGGGGGGACCUGCUGCAGGAGAUGCCCAUCCUCAAGCUGCUGCGUGCAUGGAUGCCCUGGAUGUGGCCCGAGGCCCCCAGACAGGCGAGGACGCCAUGAAAGGAGAGCCGGGAGGGGCUACUGACGUCUCUGGGAUGCAGCAUCAUGCUGUUUCGCCCAGCCAGGCAUCCCCUCUGGAGAAGGAUCCUGCUCCACCCCUCGUCAGGCCAGUUCCCAAGCCAAGGACAGUUUUCCAUCGCUCUAAGCCAGAGCAGGGCUUGGCGCCCAUACCAGCAGCACGGAGUACAGUGCUGACACAAAGCCUGGACAUCAACAGGACUCCUGGGGCAUUUGUGGUACUGGAAGGGUUUGUGCCAGGGGAGAGCUCUACAGAUCUGGAGAGCCCAGAGCCCAGGAUGGCGCAGCAGGCUGGCCCAAGAGCAACCACCACCAUGGGUAUAGGAGCAUCCCGAUCAGGAAUGGGGGCGAGCUCUCGGGAGGAGAAACAACUCCCUGCAUCUGUGGAUCAUGGACAAACCCUGGAAGCCUCAGAAAAGCCCCCCUCAUCCAUCCCAUCUGUGCCACCACGGCUCAGCCACAGGAUCCCAGUGCCUGAGCCCAGCCCAGCAAGCUUGCCUGACAGUCACCCCACAUCUGACCCUUCCCUGCCCGCUGUGGCCACCCCAGGCAAGAGAGAUCUUUCACCAUACCCUGAGGCACCCUCACAGCCAGGCUCAGGGCAGGGGAGGCUGGAGAUGGUAUCCAACAUCAUCUAUGAAGGACUCAAGCCGUCUUUGGCACCCACUGAGGACCCAGGAGGGGAGGAUGGUCCCCAGGGCUGGACUCUCACUGAGCCACCAGGUCGGUCCCUGCAAGAGCUGACCUACCUGUCUGAGAAGCCUGACUCAGCACAGGCGACCACAGCUGCAGUAACCCAUCUCUGCUCUUCCAGGAGUCCUGGCUGGUCCACCACAGACCUGCCCCCCAUCCCACAGAGACCAGCCACCAAGUCAGAUGUUGGUGAGCAGCCUGUCAACCCCUACAGCGAGGCCAUCUUUGGGCAUGGGGUACCUGCCGGGGAACAGAAGGGUAAGGGCAUCCCCUCCGGGCAGAGCUACGAGGGAGGGGCAGAGCUGGAGCUGGAGAGAGAAGCGUGCAGGAUGAGCAGCGAGUGCAGCAGUGAUGGAAAGAGCGAGGACGAGGAGACACGGACCAGGCUCAUUGACCGCAUCAUCCAGAAUGACACAGAGGGCUACUCCACCGUGGAGGCACCACAGGCUGAGGGCGCCCAGUUCAGUCUGCCAUCCCACUUCUACCCGGAUGAGGUCCUGGAUGACCUGACCAUCUCCCCCUAUGCGAGCUACACCUACCUCUCCGAGCCCCGGCCCACCAUGCUCAGGGGCUGGCUGGACAAGCUCUCCCCACAGGGGAACUACGUCUUCCAGAGGCGCUAUGUCCGCUUCGAUGGGAAGAACCUGAUGUACUUCAGCAGUGAGAAGGAGCCCUACCCCAAGGGGGUGAUCCCACUGUCUGUGAUUGAGAUGGCUCGCUCCACUAAGGACAACAAGUUCCAGGUUGUCACCAGCCACCGGAUCUUUGUCUUCCGUGCUGAAAAUGAGGCCCAGAGGAAUGAGUGGUGCUCCACUCUGCAGAAGAAGGUGACGGACCAGCGUUUGGCGGGCUCCCGGCCCCGGCCCGCCAACACUGCUCACUGCCAGAAGUCCGGCACCCUGGAGCUGAAGGGUCAGAAGUCCAAGGUGUUUGCAGCCCUGAGCCUACCUGAGAUGUGGCUGUACAAGAGUGAGCAGUUCUUUAAAAUGGGCAUUGGCAUCUGCUUGAUUGAGAUGCGUGGCUCCACUAUCCGGGAGGCCAAGAACCGCAGCUUUGAACUCAUCACCCCCCUCAAAAUAUUCAGCUUCAUGGCAGAGUCAGAACGGGAGAAGCGCGAGUGGAUGGAGGCCCUGCAGGAAGCCAUAGCUGAGACACUCUACGACUACGAGGUGGCAGAAAAGAUCUGGUCCAACAAAGCCAAUAAAUACUGUGCAGACUGCCGGGCUCAGAAUCCCGACUGGGCAUCCAUCAACCUGUGUGUGGUCAUCUGCAAGCAGUGUGCAGGGCAGCACCGGAGCCUGGGCUCCAAUAUUUCCAAAGUGCAAAGUCUGAAGCUUGACACCAGCGUCUGGUCCAAUGAGAUCGUACAGCUCUUCAUCGUGCUGGGUAAUGACAGAGCCAACUGGUUCUGGGCUGCUCGCCUCCCCGCCGCUGAGGCCCUCCACCCGGAUGCGAGUGCUGAGCAGAGACGGGACUUCAUCUCCCGCAAGUACCGGGACGGGCGGUACCGCCUGCCCCAUCCCCACUACGCCACCCAGGAUGAUGUGCUCCAGGCACUGUGUGCUGCGGUGACAGGACCAGGCCUGCUCAAGACCAUCCUGCAGUUCUUCUCAUCCUCCGAGGCUGGGCUGACUGCUGACCCUGGGGCCUAUGAGGUGUCCCCAGGGGCCGACCUCUGGUGGGCUCCAGAGAGCAAAAGGCCCAGGAACCAUUCAGGGAGCCCCGGCACAGGAGAACCAGGCCCAGAGGGCGUCUACAACGAGAUCACUCAGCCAGUAACACACAGUGGGUACCUGCACCGGGCCCCAGCCUUCCCCAAGCUCCCAGGCACCAAAAAGAGCAGAGAUGACUUCCAGCGUGUCUGGUGUUCCCUGGAGAAGGCCCUGCUCUUCUUCGAGACAGACAAAUGUACCGAGCCCCUUGGCCACAUCGAGAGCAGGGACCUCCUCUCUCUGGGCGUCAGCAAAGCCCAUGCAGUCACCAGCCCCAGCCUCACAGAAAGGUUUCGCUACACCCUGGAGCUCUUCCUUACUGGGGAAAAAGUGCAGCAGCUGGGAAUUGAUGGGCCUGACACGUUGCAAGCCUGGGCCAGCGCCAUUGGCAAGUGGUUCACGCCUGUGAGUUGUCACUGCCUGCUGGGCUACGAGUUUCAGCGCGUGGGCCAGCUGCGCUACAAGUGCAUGCUCAACCCCGAGCAGUGGCAGCAGGCCUUCUUCAUCCUGCAGAAAGCACAUCUCUUCAUCUGCCCCACCGAGGAUGAUGGGGCUGAAGACAGCAUCAACCUCCGGCGGCUGCAGGAGCUCAGUAUGGUCCCCCCCACAGAAACCCCAGAGAAGAAGGAGCUGCUGAUCCUGGUGGAGAUGGGGAGGACGUUUUACCUGCAGGGCUUGUCACGAGCAGACUCCGCAGCGUGGUACGCAGACAUCCAGGCAUCGGCAGGGGGCCGGGGUAACGCACUGCGGGACCAGCAGCUGAGCCGCGGGGACAUCCCCAUCAUUGUGGACAGCUGCAUCGCCUUCAUCACGCAGUACGGGCUACGGCACGAAGGGAUUUACCGCAAGAAUGGAGCCAAGUCCCGGAUCAAGGUACUAAUGGAGGAGUUUCGGCGGGACGCGCGCAAUGUCAAACUGCGCAUCAGUGAUAACUUCAUUGAGGAUGUCACGGAUGUGCUGAAGAGGUUCUUCCGAGAGCUUGAGGACCCUGUCUUCACCCUGGAGCUGCACCCACAGUGGAAGGAGGCUGCAGGAAUCGCCUCAAAGCCCCAGCGCCUGGAGCGGUACAAGGAGCUCAUUCAUCGCCUGCCUCGCCUCAACCACAAGACCCUGGCUGCGCUGAUCGGGCAUCUCUACCGAGUGCAGAAGUGUGCUGACCUCAACCAGAUGAGCACCAAGAACCUGUCACUGCUCUUUGCGCCCAGCCUCUUCCAGACUGAUGGCAAAGGGGAGCACGAGGUCAAGGUGAUGGAAGACCUCAUUGACAACUAUGUCACCAUCUUCAAUAUCGAUGAGGACCAGGUAUCCCAGAUGGAUCUGGAGAACAGUCUGAUCACCACCUGGAAGGACACCCAGCUCUCGCAGGCAGGAGACCUCAUCAUUGAAGUUUACCUAGAGCAGAAGCUGCCUGACUGCUGCAUCACCCUGAAGGUGUCCCCCACGAUGACAGCAGAGGAGCUCACCAACCAGGUGCUGGAGAUGCGCAACGUGGCAGCCAGCCUGGAUAUCUGGCUGACCUUUGAGGCCCUGGAGAAUGGGGAGCUGGAGCGGCCCCUGCACCCCAAGGAGAAGGUGUUGGAGCAAGCCUUGCAGUGGUGCAAGCUCCCAGAGCCCAGCACUGCAUACCUGCUGGUGAGGAAGGUCCCCAUUGGUGAGGGCAGCUGUCUCUUCACAGGUGCCAAGCGUGAGACCCCUAAGUGCGGGCUGCUGAAAUGCCGUGAGGAGCCCCCCAAGCUGCUGGGAAACAAGUUUCAGGAGCGUUACUUUGUCAUCCGGGACCGGAAGCUACUGCUGCUCAAGGAGAAGAGGAGUGCCAAGCCAGAGCGAGAGUGGCCCCUGGACGCAGCCAAGGUUUACAUGGGCAUUAGGAAGAAGCUGAAGCCACCAGGCCAGUGGGGUUUCACCCUGACCCUGGACAAGCAGCAGCUGUACCUGGUGUGCUCGGGGCAGGCUGAGCUGUGGGACUGGACCACCAGCAUCCUCAAAGCUCAGCACGAUGACCUGCACCCCGUGAUCAUGCGCCGGCGUUCCUCCUCCGAUCUCGCCAAGCAGAAGUUCGGCACCAUGCCACUGGUGCCCCUGCGUGGGGACAGCACUGACGCUACUAUGCUCUCUGCCAACCAGACCUUGCGCCGCCUGCACACACGAAGGACUUUGUCCAUGUUCUUUCCCAUGAAGAUGCACCAGGACUCUCUAGAGGAGCAGCAGGAAAAGGAGGUGGACACAGAGCCUGUCUACGAGGAGGUGGGCAACUUCCCUGAGCUGGCCUCACUGGAGCUGGACCGUGAACUGCUGGCAGACCUGUCGUCCGUCCCCUCCGUGGACAGGUCCAAGAAGCCAUCCCCAUUCCCUGAGCAGCCCCCAGCCCCAGCGCUGCGCUCCUCACUGCCUACCAGCCCAGCCCAGGGUGUCUCGAGUCCCUCUGUCACCAAAGCCCUGUCCCUUGAAAGGGGCUUGAACCUUGAGUGCGACAAAAGCCCAGCCCACGGCAGGCCUGCUGGGCUCAGACCCACCAAAACAGCCUCUCUUGAGAGGAACCUGGAACCUUCUUUAGUGCUGGCCGGGGACCCGGACCAGGUGGCCACACCAGGGAGCAGUCCCAGCACGGACACCUCCCUGGAGAUCCCCAAGAAGAGGAACAUUCAGCCUUCCUCACCCAUCAACAACAAACUGAUCCAGGAGCUCAGCAGCAUCAUCCUCAAGAAGAACGAGGGCCAGCCCCCAGGAUCAGGAUCAGGAUCAGGACCAGGACCAGGGCCAGGGCCAGGGCCAGGCCAGCAGGUAACAUGACCUGCCAUGCCAAACGGCUGGCCACGUGACCUGGAGUGGCAGGGGGUCAAGUCAUGUCACGCGGCAGAUACCUGGGUAAGGGGUGCUGGGUACCAAGUGAUCCCACAUCGAGGCACCUGUGUCCUCCCUUCUCCUGGCCUAACCCCAGAGCCAGACUGGGAGCCGAGGCAAGGCUGGGACUGGGGGAUCAGGGCACCCAGCAGCUGGCAUGGUGCUUCUCCAGGGUGUCAGCCGAGGCUGAGCCAUGGCACCAGGGCCAUGCCAACACAGCCAUCCUGGCUCAGGAGGGCAUAGGCUGGGGAGUCCCCCGCAUGCCUUUGUCGUGGGUGGCACACGCGCUGUCUGACGGCCAGGCGCACAGGGCCAGGCCCAGUGCUGAAGGAAGCAAGUAAAAGGGUAAAUAAAAGCAGAAAUGUGGUGUCUGCAAAUUUUGGCUGCCUGGCGCAGUGCCAGACUGGGGAGCAUGAGGUGCCUACCUACACAGGCGCAUGCAGCAGUGGGUGCGUGGGUGUGCUGAGUGCACAAGGGUUCAACUUUCUUCCCACAUGGGUCCUCUGAGACAUGUCUCAGCUUUGCCCAACAUCCCAUCCCCAGUGCCACGCUCUUGGGGGGCAGGAUGGAGAUACUCAAGCUAUCCACCACAUCCCUUCUUGCAUUUACCAUGGUAUAUUGGUGGGGUGGGGGAGUCUGUAAGGAGCAGGGCUGGCCAUAUGUGCCCAGCAUAUAGUCCUGGCAAUGGAGGACAGCUCCUGCUCAGCUGGGGUAUUUAUACCGGUUUCUUCCAUUAUCAGGGGUAAAUAAAGGUUUAUUUGUACA